UCCAUAGGCUAUUAUUAUCGAUUCGCACAGACCAGUAAGCUGUCAAUCCUGAUGACAGGACAGGCCUGCUGCAUCCGCUCAUCUAUCUAUCAAACAUUAGUCGUUUGCUCAAGCCACGUACAUUCGACAUAUAGAUGCCAGCUGCGCGGCCUCUGGACACCGGAUCCCCGCUGCCUACCGGCUCACACCGCAAACAUCAGGCGAUAGACAUUUGUUCGAGCUUCACUGCUGACGUGGAUGAAUCCCACCAAUUAUCAUUCCAAGAAUUGCAUCAACACUUGACAGUAAACGAAUUUCCUGCUCCACAGGUGUUCCAAUUGGAAAGAAACGCGUACGGUUUGUUCCAAGACAGACACAUGAGAUACUAUGAGUUGGAUCUGUCUGUAAUAGCCUCUGAAUCGGGGAUUCUUGGUCGUGCCCAACGUCGACAUAGUAUGUCUCACAAUCACGAAGCUCUUUCCGAAACGAUAGCUCGUCUUCGUAUCAUGGCGAAACACUGGGACCUGGCUCCUGAGAGCACAGCCAUCUCCUUCGAGAUGUUCCAGAAUGGGCCAUGUAUGAUUUUCUGUACAUGAACAAGAGUCAGUCUAGCAGUCAUCCUCACGCGCGAAGAACUUAAGCGUGUCUCCGCUGCUAUGGUAGUAGAUCAGAUUAGAUCAAGG